UUCUCGGGCCCCGGCGCGGGGGUCGCCUUGGCUGCCGCGCCGUCCUUGAGCUCCUAGCGUGAGGAGCGGUCGGAGACGAGCACCGCGUUCAAGGCCAAGAAGGCUUCCCGCGUACGGCCUGCCCCUUGCUAUGGACAGUGCCAUCACUCUGUGGCAGUUCCUUCUUCAGCUCCUGCAGGAGCCUCAGAAUGAGCACAUGAUCUGCUGGACGUCUAACAAUGGCGAGUUCAAGCUUCUGCAGGCCGAGGAGGUGGCGCGUCUCUGGGGCAUUCGCAAGAACAAGCCCAAUAUGAAUUACGACAAGCUCAGCAGAGCCCUGAGAUACUACUAUGUAAAGAACAUCAUUAAAAAAGUGAAUGGUCAGAAGUUUGUGUAUAAGUUCGUCUCUUAUCCGGAGAUUUUGAAAAUGGAUCCUCUGACGGUAGGCAGGAUCGAGGGAGACUGUGAAACUCUAAAUUCCACUGAAGCCAGCGGUUCCAAAGAUGCUGAGAGCGGGGGAAAGGAGCGGGCGCCCCAGCCUGCAGCCAAGACAUCUAGUCGCAACGACUACAUACACUCUGGUUUGUAUUCUUCAUUUACUCUCAACUCUCUGAACACCUCCAAUAAGAAGCUUUUCAAGUCAAUAAAGAUAGAGAAUCCAGCUGAAAAACUGGCGGAGAAGAAAACUCAGGAGCCAGCAGCAUCUGUCAUCAAGUUUGUAACCACACCUGCCAAAAAGCCACCCAUCGAACCUGUUGCCGUUACCUUUUCAACAAGCCCGAGUAUUUCUCCGUCCUCUGAAGAAACUAUCCAAGCUUUGGAGACCCUGGUUUCUCCCACACUACCCUCUCUGGAAGCCCCGGCCUCUGCAUCCAUUCUGGCUACUGCUUUUAACCCCGCCUCUCCAGUCCCCUCCGCACCCCUCCCUCCAAAGGAGCCUCCUAGGACGCCUUCUCCACCAUUGAGUUCUAACCCAGACAUCGACACAGACAUUGACUCAGUGGCUUCUCAGCCAAUGGAACUUCCAGAGAACUUGUCACUGGAGCCUAAAAAUGAGGAUUCAGCUUUGCCAGAAAAGGACAAAACAAAUAACUCAUCAAGAUCCAAGAAGCCCAAAGGGUUAGAACUGACGCCCGCCCUUGUGGUCACAGGCAGUGACCCCAGCCCCCUGGGGAUCUUAAGCCCGUCUCUCCCAACAGCGUCUCUUACACCAGCACUUUUUUCACAGACGCCCAUCUUGCUGACUCCGAGCCCCUUGCUCUCCAGUAUCCACUUUUGGAGUACUCUCAGCCCAUUUGCUCCCCUGAGCCCCGCCAGACUGCAAGGUGCUAAUACGCUUUUCCAGUUUCCUUCCGUGCUCAACAGUCAUGGACCAUUCACUCUGUCUAGCCUGGACGGACCUUCCACUCCUGGCCCAUUUUCUCCAGACCUACAGAAGACAUAACCCAUGCAGUUGUGGACUAAGAGACCAAGGAACUAAGAAACAGAGAUGUCCAACGUGAUUUGGUUUGAAAUGAGGGCAAAUUCUGCAGUGCUCAUACAGACUGUUGUAAUUUUCCCAUUGCCUGUUGAAAGCCUUUUCAGGAUUCUCCGAAGUUGGACUGUAUAAAAAUGCCUUAAUUGGAGUCCAAACUCCACCUCA